UUUUUUCCCGGCCCGGCGAGUGCCGAUCUCGCAUCCCGUCUCGCUGCUGCUGCUGCUCCCGCUUCUCUUCUGUGCUCGCGCUCUCCGCCGGCAUGGCCUCCUGGCGAUUCUCCGAUUCGAGCCCGGCCGGCUCGGUCAGGCCCAGCUUGACCUCCGUCUCUUCGAGGGAGCUGCAGAGCGCUCGGACGUGCAACUGCGAGAUGGCGGUGCUGCCGCUGCAGCAGCUGCUGCUUUUGCAGCCCGACUUGUUCAAGCUGCAGGGGGACACUUUGGCCGUGCUGAGCCCGCCGAACUACCAGCCCAGCGGUGGCUUCACGGUGAUCAGCGACGGCUCCCUGCGGGUGGACGGGCAGCACCAUUGCAGGGUCACCGGCUACUUCAAGAGGCAUGUUGAACUUAACACCCAUUAUGACUAUAAAAACUACAGAGAGGCUAUUCUGAGUCGGCCGCUGGUGUUCUUCGUUAAUGUCAGAACACAAUAUAAUUCUUCAAGAGAAAAAACAUAUGCUUUGCUUGUGAAUACUCGGCAUCCAAAGAUGAGAAGACAAAUUGAGAAUGGCAUGAACAACAUAAUAUCUUCUGUGAUCGGUGAAAGCUACAAACUUCGGUUUGAUUUUCAAGAUGUUGUAAAAAGAUUUUUUCCAUCAGGAGCCCAUCUGGCUAAUGAAGAAAGCUUGAGCUUUUCCUACGAGUUCAAAGCUGAUGCCCUCUUUGAUUGCUUUUAUUGGCUUGGAAUCAGUAAAAGCACAGUAUCAGUGAAUGGGAAAGUUCUUAAUUUGUCCAGUACCAAUCCAGAGAAAAAAGAAAUCAUAACCAAGUUUCUGGAUAAAAUGAGUGAACCAAAUCUACGUUCAAACAGUUUUUCAGACCGAAAGUUCAGUGUUACCUCCAGAGCCUCAGUAGAUGACGUGUUUAAUGGCAACUUGACACUACAGGCAUUGGGGACAGAAACCCCUUUCAUGCUUUGGACAGUUUCAGCAGCUCAAGAAGCUAAAGACAAAUCCAGUACUGCUAUCUGAUCUUCAUAAGCCUCAGAAAGAAGCACAGGAAAUGAGGCAUUGCACAGCAAUGAAAUCAUCCCUAUCACAGGAUGCAAGAAGUGACUGAGAGGAGGAAGAUGGUCUCCUCUGCAUCUUGCUUCAAAUAGUUGGGUAUUCAUUGAGUUCCAGCUGUUUUCUUGGAGUCAGGAAAGACCUCUCCUGAUUCUUGAAAUGGUACUUGGAGAGUUGGUUCUUCACUCAGUGUUAAGUUUUUUGAAGCAUACGCUUUCUUCUUCUUGUUCUUACAUUUAAACUUAUAGCUAAAGUGAUGAAUGAUUUAAAAUCAAGAUUAUUAGGUUAGAAGGAUCAGUGGAAUCAUGACUAGUAAGCUGUUGUUAUAAUCACUCAACUACUCACCACUAUGUUUGAUGUCAAGUAUAAAAAAACUUAAAAUGUUUUGUAAUGCUCAAAAUGUAAAUAUAAUAGUAUUACCCUAAACUUGCUGCAGUUUUUUAAAAUAUAACUAAUCAUGGCUCAGAAGAAUUUGAAGAAGGAUUACUUGAAUUUAUGCUCUUUUUUAUAUGGUAUACUGACAACUAUUGAUGAGAUCUGCAUUUCCAUUCUGGCUUUGAAAGAUUUUCAUACAUGACCCUAGAUCAAACUUUCCCAACCUGGUGCCCUCCAGAUCUUUCAGACUUCAACUUCCACCAGCAUAAUCAGUGAUCAGGAAUUUUGGGAAUUGCAGUCUGAAGUGUCUGGAGGAUACAAGAUCUGGAGGGUACAAGAUUGGAGAAACCUCCCUAAAUAAAAACUACUUGGCAGGUCAGAAAACUUGUGAUUACUCUCUGUUCCAGCACAACUUUGUUAUACCUUCCAAAGUCAACAUCACUUAUUUUCUGGCUGCUGCUUCUUAUAGGCCAGGAAUGGACAACUUGUGGCCCUUCUGAAGUUUUGACCUACAACUCCCAUGAUCUCUGACUAUUAGCUGUACUGCCUCGGAAGGACAGCCAAAACAUCUGGCAGGCCACAUAUUGCCCACACAGGGAAAAAUAUAACCAAAAGCAAAUGAAUCUAAAUAUAGGUUGGCUAAAAUGCUGCAUUUCCUUACCAUUUGUAUUAAUGUAAAUUUUAACAGUAAUAUGCGUAUCAUGGUAGGUCUUAAUUUUUUUAAAUGCGAUGUCAGUCCUUGGGGAUAAAUACCUAUUAUUUCAAAACAAUUUGUAAGAAGAACAUUCCAUUUUAGCAGCAAAUGGAAUAUGCGCAGUCCAGUCAGUGAAGUCAUUGGAUUAAAGAUGAGAUCCAGACUUAGUCAUGCUUCAAGUACAACUGUUGGAAUAAAUACAUCUUAGGUUAUUCAGAAGGGCCAAUCUGAAGAAUGACUACAUACAGUUCUAAGUCUAGAUUUUAUCACUCAGUCUCUGUUUUUGUGUAAGGAGUGCAUUAGAGAAGUUGUCAUGGCCUAGAUGGCUCUGUUCAGGAUUCUUCACACUCAGCUGUGGAGCACCAGAGGAACUCAGCUGUUGCACCGACUCUCAAAUUAAUAUCUAUGCAAGUUGGUGUAAGUGUGAAAAAGCAGGCUUUCAACAAAGGUCAAGUUAGUCACUUUUCCCACACUCCUAUAUGAUGCUGUGUCAUGCAGGAUAGGAAAGCCUGUAUCAACCAUGCAUGGAAUUUCCAGUUUGGUGUCAGUUGAAUCAAUGGUGUUGAUGUAUCACGUGGAGUAGGUGUGACUGCAGUCAUACUGGUGUAUGUCUGCUUGGCUACAAAAAGCUCAUCUGUCCCUUUUAUGUAUGUAUGGCCUGAGGACUGUGGGCUACAUUUCUUAAAAGCAUCUGGAACUCAGUUGCUCCCUAUGUAGCGCACUGCUAGAGUUUCUGAGGUUUGUCCUGAUCUUGUGUGCAGAGCAUGGGGGGCGUAGUGUUUUCUUCAUACACUAACUGAACAUAAAUGCAUGGAGACCGGGACUUGGACAUUCAUGAUCUUAGAUUCCAAAGAAUGAUUAAUCAUAAGUAUUCCACAUAAAGCAAGUUCCUUGGUUAAAAAAAAAUCCAUAUACUUCCAUCUAGCAGACUUGAGUGGGCAACAUGGUAAUUACUUUGGGACUAGCUGCUGAAUAUUUUGCCUUUCUGUAAGCCAUGAUAUUUGAUGCAUUAUCACUUUAUAUUGGCAAAUUAUAAUGCAUUCAACAUGGAAAUGCUGGCCCUCCAUAUUUAAUUAAUCUUGUAUAAGGCCAAGCUUUGGAGAAUGGAACCCUCUAGGACUGGAAUAAAUAAGCCUGCAACAUCA